CCGCCGCUUCUUGAUUUCAUCGUUGUCUAUUAAUAAAUCCGUUACAUUGAAGCCUGUAGAAGUUUAGUCAGCGCCGAGCCGUGGAGCCUUCAGCACUGUAAUUGUACAAUGGCGCAAUUUUCUUCAAAGUGUCUUAUUUCAUGUUCCAGUCGAGAGAUGGGGUUAAUUUACAAACGAUGUUUUGAAAAUGGACCACGAGAUGGAGCUUCGGGUGCAAUUCAAGAUGACGCAUGCACUAAGAAUCGUGCUCACGACAUCGAUGGUGCGCCGUUUGCUGGAUGCUGUCAACGAUCUUUACUUAGAAAUAAUGCAGUCAGUCGAAGAGUGUGGAAGGCGGAGGCGAGGGCGAGGCUUGGGUACAGGGGUCGGUGAAGCCGGGGCGGGUAGCGGCCGCAGGCGUAGGGGGCGCGAGGGCGCGCUCCCCUCCACUGGGGCCGUGUGCAACGCGCGUAUAGACUACGGCGGCGCGCUGCCCUCGCUCAUCAUUCGACCUCCGCGCAUCGCAGUCUAGGCACCAACGCCCUGCACUGUUAACGCGACCGGGAGCACGACUCUCGUACCGACUCGA